AUGAAUAUUACAUAACUUAAGAUAAUAGAGAAUUAAUCAAUUAUAGAUAAUAAUCUCCAUUACAUUUACCAAGAUUACUAUUAUAAUAAAUUAAUCAAUUUGAUUAGUUAAAUAUCAAAACUGAUAAUUUUAAAAUCUAUUACUUUUAAUAAACUAAAAAGAAUACCCACACCAACCAUUAAUCAUUCUCUUUAAAGAAAUGAUAACAGAAGUAAUUCAAGUUUUAUUAUAAGAAAAUAAUCUCUAGAUUUUCAUAGAAUCAAAUUAAAUGUAAAUUUCUUGAGAAAUCUUGGGCUAAAUCAAAAAGAGAUGAUCUAUUAUUGGAACAUGAUACAGGACAUUAUUUAAUUAGUUUUCUAUCUGCUUUAGAAUUUAUAAAGAAACAGGAAUGUUGGGAUUUGA